AUGGCAGAAGCAAAGUAUCGAGGGCUUGCCCUAUUGGCGUUUAAUCAACUUGAACAUCGAUUAAAAGGUGUUUCAAGGAUAGAUCUAAGGGAAUUGGGUGGUUCUGAAGUCAGCGAACUGCCUAGCUCGGCGCCUCUUUUUGUCACUUGGCAAUUGAACGGGCGGCUACGGGGAUGCAUUGGAACGUUCAAAGCGCACAAGUUAGAGCGCGGGGUGCGUGACUUUGCUGACUCUGCUGCGUUCGAGGACCCGAGGUUCCCCCCGAUCUCUACUAGAGAGCUGCCCAACCUGGAUGUUUGUGUUACUCUACUGGGUCCGCUAGAGCCCAUCCAAUCCCCCACCGAUUGGGAAAUAGGGGUCCAUGGUCUUCGUGCCGAGUUUCCUGGUGGCUAUAGCUCAACUUACCUUCCUGAAGUUGCCGAGGAACAGGGAUGGGACCAUGCUGAGACCAUUGAAUCGCUCGCAGACAAGGCCGGGGCGUCCUCGACCAAGGAAGUCAAGCUGUGGAAGUACGAGGGCAUCAAAACCCGGCUCACCUACCCAGAAUAUCAAUUAUUGCUCAAGCAAUUAAGUUGA